CCCCGAUCGGCCCCGGAGUGAACAGAACCGGCGAAGUGGCUGUCGGAGGAGCCAACUUUUUCUCGGACCAAGAACGACUAGGGGAACCCAAGGCAGGAACAGCCGGCAGCGGGCUGGCGCGUCUGAGGCCGGCCUAGGGACAGCAGCUGCCGCGGGUGGGGACAAAGAUCCAAGAAAAAGUGAGAGCAGGAGUUUGGGGGUGAGUGCAGGAAGCCCCGGAUUCACUGCUUUUACGCAGCUUGGGUCUCCGUUUCUUCUGGUGCACGGUCGCGCUCCUGGGCAAGUGUCCCAUCAGCCACUAUCCCUCAGGCGUGCCGGAGGCAGUACCUGUCCAGUGCUCCCCUGGAGGCUGUGGUCAUGGUGAAUGAAAGUCCCAACCUGGAGGAGCUCAAUGACACCCCUGUGCCGGAGUCCUCACUCCAAGCAGAUGCCAGCGUCUCGGCCCAUCCCAUCGUCUCCAUCCACCCCAGCGUCUCCAUCCACCCCAGCGUCUCCAUCCACCCCAGUGUCUCGGCCCACCCCAGUACCUUGGCGCAACCUGGUGGUUUGAACCAACCCAGUAGCUCUUGUCCCGAGGGGCUCGGAGUGAUCAAGGUGAGCCGACGCCGUUGGGCGGUGGUGCUGGUGUUUAGCUGCUACUCCAUGUGCAACGCCUUUCAGUGGAUCCAGUACAGCUCCAUCAGUAACAUCUUCAUGAACUUCUACGGGGUGAGUGCCUUUGCCAUCGACUGGCUCUCCAUGUGCUACAUGCUGACCUACAUCCCGCUGCUCCUGCCCGUGACCUGGCUGCUGGAGAAAUUUGGUCUCCGCACCAUCGCCCUCACCGGCUCUGCUCUCAACUGCCUGGGGGCCUGGGUGAAGCUGGGCAGCCUGAAGCCGCACCUCUUCCCGGUCACUGUGCUGGGCCAGGUCAUCUGCUCCGUGGCCCAGGUCUUCAUCCUGGGCAUGCCCUCCCGCAUCGCUUCAGUCUGGUUCGGGGCUAAUGAGGUUUCUACAGCCUGCUCGGUGGCUGUCUUUGGCAAUCAGCUUGGAAUUGCAAUUGGGUUCUUGGUCCCUCCUGUUUUGGUACCCAACAUCAAAGACCGGGACAAGCUGGCCUACCACAUCAGCAUCAUGUUCUACAUAAUAGGAGGUGUGGCCACCCUCCUUUUCCUCCUUGUCAUCAUCGUGUUCAAAGAGAAGCCCAAACAUCCCCCGAGCAGGGCCCAGUCCCUGAGCUAUGCUUUGGCGUCCUGUGAUGCCUCGUACUUCAGUUCCAUUGUCCGACUUUUCAAAAACCUCAACUUUGUGCUGCUUAUCAUCACCUAUGGUCUGAACGCUGGUGCUUUUUAUGCCUUGUCCACUCUGCUGAAUCGCAUGGUGAUCCUGCACUACCCGGGAGAAGAAGUGAAUGCUGGAAGAAUCGGCCUGACCAUUGUCAUUGCAGGAAUGCUGGGAGCUGUGAUCUCAGGCAUUUGGCUGGACAAGUCCAAAACCUACAAGGAGACAACCCUGGUGGUGUAUAUCAUGACUCUGGUGGGCAUGGUAGUGUACACGUUGACCUUGAGCCUGGGACACCUGUGGGUCGUGUUCAUCACCGCUGGCACCCUGGGCUUCUUUAUGACUGGCUAUCUCCCGCUGGGCUUUGAAUUUGCUGUGGAGCUCACGUAUCCAGAAUCAGAGGGCAUGUCGUCUGGCCUCCUCAACGUGUCUGCACAGGUAUUUGGGAUCAUCUUCACCAUCUCCCAGGGUCAGAUCAUUGACAACUAUGGAACCAUGCCCGGGAACAUCUUCCUGUGUGUAUUCCUCACCGUUGGAGCAGCCCUCACUGCAUUCAUUAGGGCGGACCUCCGGAGACAGAAGGCAAACAAAGAAAUUCCUGAGACUAAAGUCCAGGAGGAGGAGAGCAACGCCAGCAAGGCACCCACUGUCCUAUCGGAGGAUCAUCUCUGAGAGAGAGAGAGGUGGCAGCCACUCAGGGAUCACAAACGCCCCAUCUCUUCCUUCAGCUCAGCUCUCACUGCCAGAACAAAUGUCUUCGCUGGAGAAACUGAUGGAGGGAACCAGUUGGUGGCACCUCUGCCUCCUGGAACCCACUCGAGAGCUUGCACGCUUUAGUCGGGGGAAGCACACCUUUCACCAAAUGCACAUGGGUUUCCCAUCCCUCCUCCCUCCUUUGAGAUCCUGGGUGCUGGUGCUGGGUUGGGAGGCGCUGAUGGAGGGUGUUGGACCUGGCUUUCCCUCAUCGCCUUCAUCCCUCAUGGAGAAUGCUUGCAAAAUUAUCACAGAAGAAAGCUUAUUCCGGAUAUUAACUUUUUCUAGUGUCUCAAAACCCUCCCACGAAGCCCAGUUUUUACUAAGGAGGGGAAAGCUGCUCUGCCUGAGGGUCAUUUGUGGGUCAUCAGAUGGACCACUCAAGGUCUCUGAGAGGGGGCACCGUGUGAACAACCUCCAUCUGAACAGCUCCACCAGGCAGCUCUGUUAGGACUCUUGGCCUCACUUCUCCUGCCCCAGGGUUGGGAUCUGUCUCCAAACCCUCUUUCCUAAGACCUCAUCAAUAAACUGGACAGAAACUUUAUCAUGGACACAAAGGAGGAAUUGAUUUGGGAGAGCUGAUUGCCUAGGUGGGACAGUGCUCUGGCUACCUUCCGAGGGGGUUUGUGGGGACCCAGAUGUGGCAGCUCCAGUAGCUAGAGCUGAGAUGGGAGAGGUUUUCCUAUCAAAGAAGGGCUCACGCAGGGACUCCUGUGUGUCACAGUUACCUUCAUCUGGAUGUCACUCUGGGAAAUGCAGCCAUUAGCCCUUGUGCUUGUUUUAUCUUGAGGGAAGGCGGUCAGAGCAGCUGACUCUAACCUUUACUGAAGACUAAUCUUGAUCCUUCCACUCUGACAAAUCCAAGACUGACUCUGAGAUGAGAGGGAAGGAGGAAAGGUGCUUCUUGAAGUGGGCAUUGAGCUGCCCGAAUGACAUUUCCGCCUCUGGUGGGGAUAGUGUUAGCAUACCCAACCUCUCUCUCACCUCCUGCUGGCAAUAAACUCAGUCUACAUUUAAAAGGUGUCCCUUCAAGUCAAUUCAAGCUGACCUCUCUCCUGCCUCACCUGCUGUCUGGCUCUCUCAUGGGCUUCAAUAGUGUCUUCUGAAAAUAAGAGAAAUUUAGGUAAUUUCUCCUGUGCAUUUAGCAGCUAUGACCGUAAUCACUGCCCUGGACUCAGAAUGUCAGAGCAGCCUGGGUUGGCUGCAGUAUUGGGGUGCUUAAGCUACUGCUGGAGGGGAGCCAGACGUGUGUGUGUGUGUGUGUGUGUGUGUGUGUGUUUGUGUGUGUGUACAGAUCCAAGCAAUGGAUAGGAGGAAAACACUGCAUAUGUAAUUUAAAAAAAAGUUCACACUUUUGAUGGAGGGAGGGUUGGGGUGGAAGGGAGGUAUGCCUUCUUUUGACAGGAGAAAUAUGGGUAUUCUUUAACCCCUCGAAAUAUAUUAACAUGUUUACUGAAUCCAUUGCUGUAUUUUAAAAGAAAACAAUUUGUAUUUCCUAUUUGUAAUUUCAGAUGUUUUAAGGCAAUAAAGAAUUCUCAGAGUGA